AUGGGCACCUUUGCUUCUGCCGGUGAGAGACCCUUGGCUACGGAUCAGAGGGCGGCCGUCGAAGACCCUGCUGCUGUUGAGCCAGCCACCGAUGAGACGGUCGCCGACGACGUUACGGAUGCCGAAGAUGCUGCCCCUUCCAUUGCCGGUGCCCAAGAUGCUGCCCCAUCCGGCGCCCCCCCCAAUGUACGAAAGUUCGCAGAAAUCUCCGACCAUCGGCCGACCCAUAUCCUCGCAACUCGUCCGGUCCUGCAUAACACCAUCCACCUCCGCAAGUCUCACCUAGCCACCUGGCUCGGCAUUGGCGCAGAUGAGCUCCGUAUACUGGCCAUGUCGGGCCCCGUCCUCAAGCACAUCCCGGCUGCUCACGCCGUGCUGAUUUUCCCGGACUCCAAGCCCACCGCACCGUGUGAUGGCGAGACGGAGACCUGUAUCUACGCCCUCGGCAUCCUAUUCCGCGAAAACGUGCGGGCCCAGCUUCCCAGCAGCCUCGACGCCGUCAUGGCCCACCACCGUAUCCCCAACAUCACGGCGCAGACCAUCCGCGAUGCCCCGCACAUCGGUCCGGGCCCCAAACGCCGCGGCCAGAUCCUCGCCUCCCUCGUCCUCUCCCUCCUAGGAGACCUGAAAACGGCCCAGACCAUGACCCCGCAAGACUACGACUCCCUCUUCAGCCCCCACGUCGCCCGCCUCGAGAGGGCCAACCCGUGGGGCGCCGACGCGUACAAGUGCCACGCCAUCCCCCACGGCGCCAUCCAGUGGCCCAGCUGGGACCCCGCCUCGCGGCCCGAGCUCCCCUGCCCUCUCCACGCGGGACCCCGCCGCCCGGCCCGGGCCCAGGAGCACGAGGUCGAGACCUACCACCGCGUCCUCAGCACGCUGCGCUACGCGCUCCGCGAACACGAGCCGAAGCGCUACUACAGCCGCCGGGGCUUCGGGCACGACCUCCGCCACGGGACCGACGCCCAGUUCGUCUACGGCAGGCUCAUGACCGUGCAGCGGGAGAUGCGCGAGAAGGCCCUCGCCGACCGUGCCCGGGACCGCGCCGAGGGCCGGGAGCUCGAGGAGGACCGCCACGUGCGCGAGUUGGCGGCCCGCUUCCCCGACGAUAAUGCCCUUCAGAUCCUCAAUUGGAUGGUGGACAGGGACGAACAACGCGAGAAAAACCAAAGGCAAGGAGGAGGGUGA